AGGUGAGACACACCUGAGGAGCAAAGCCGCGAGCAGCAGCGCACACACACACACACACACACACACACACACACACACACACACACAGACACACACACUUUGUUAUAAUUUGCAGUUUAACUUUAAACACAGCAACAGGACAAACACUGCGUGCGUUUCCUCUUCUGACAGUGGGGCGCGCAAGAGGAGCAAACUGAUUUACCUUUAGAGAGGGAGAGAGAGUGCGAGAGAGAGAGAGUGCGAGAGAGAGAGAGACAGAGAGACAGAGAGAGAAUGCCUCCCUCCCCCUCCCCCCUCCUGUUCCUCCUUCUCCUCCACACCGCAGCAGCGGAGGACUGCCGCGCCACGUUCCGCCUCGGUCAGGAGAACUUCGUGCUGGAUGCGGAGGAUGCGGUAAAGGAAGGCGCGGCGCUGCUGGCCACCGCACGCGUGAGCUCCGAGGAAGCCUGCAAGAGCGCGUGCUGCGCGGACGCGCGCUGCAACCUCGUGCUGCUGGAGCCCCGCCAAGGCACUGCCGGGGCGGAAAACCGCACGUGCGACCUGUUCGACUGCGUGCACAGAAACAGCUUUGUGUGCAGGUUCGUGAACAAGGUGGGAUACCUGAGCUACAUCCGCGAGACUGAAUUCCUGCAGCACCUGCAGGGCCCGCAGACAGGUGAGCGGGCUCCGCCCAUUGCCAUCGCGGACCGUGAUGUCAUCGUUCAGCCCGCAGCGAAGUUGACGCUGAACGGCAUCCAGAGCCUGGCCCUCGAUGACGCCCACAUCACCAAGUACAGCUGGACCCUGCAGGGCAGGGCAACCGGCGUCCACAUGCAGGAGACGGAGUUACCUGACCAGGUGCGACUCUCCAUCCUGCAGCCGGGCUCCUACAGCUUCUUGCUCACUGUCACCGACUCCAACGACCGAUCCGACAGCGCAGAAGUCCGGGUCCUGGUCCUCAGCCCGGAGCUGACCAGCCUGUACUGCCUGGCCCCCCUGAAGGUGGGGCCGUGUCGCGCAGCCUUCCCUCGCUGGCGCUACGACGCUCCGUCCGGCCGCUGUCAGCCGUUUGUGUUCGGUGGCUGCAAACCAAACAACAACAACUUCCUGUCUGAGGAGGAGUGUGUGUCUGCCUGCAGCGGAGUCACCGCGUCGUCGGAGAGGAGUUCCCUGCCUGCUGCCGAGUGCGGGGGGGCAGAGUGUGUUCCCGGUCAGCUGUCCUGCGGUAGUUGCUGUCUGCAUCGCAGUCUGGAGUGUGACGGGGUGCAGCAAUGCAGAAAGGGGGAGGACGAGGAGCCCUGCAGCAAACUGAACGAGACCUUCAGCCGUCUGCUGGACAUCGAGGUGAACCAGAGGAAAGCUCGCUGUGCGGAGCCCCCCCUCCCUGGGCUGUGCCGGGCCAGUUUCACCCGCUGGUACUACGACCCGCUGAACAGGAAGUGCUUCCGCUUCACGUACGGCGGCUGCAAGGGCAGCGCCAACAACUUCGAGGAGGAGGAGAAUUGCAGCACCACCUGCAGGGGGGUCACAGAGCGUGACGUAUUCAUCAGAGGGACGUUUGACCGCUUCCGGGCGGAGGAGGAAAGUGACUCAGGAAACAUUGCGCUGGCCGUCUGCCUGUCGGUGGCCAUCUUGGCUCUGUUGGCGAUCCUGACCUACUGUUUCCUGAAGUCCAGGAAGGAGCGCUCCCACAGGCCGGCUGCCGCAGGCCCCGCCCACAUGGCGCUGUCGGAACAGGACACGUUCGUCUACAACAGCACCACCAAACCCAUAGUACGUCACCUUAACAACCAGCCUGUGUGAUGUCCCCGCCGCUGUCAGCGAGGCGACCAGCCCUCUGGGGCUGCCCCAGUGUUUGUGGACGAGCGUGAAGUUUCUCAGUCAUCAUUUCACUGCCCGGCUCAGCAGCCCCUGUUUCUAUCUCUGUGCGUUUCUGAGAUGAAGCCAGCGACUCCUGCUGCUCUCUUGUGUGUUUUUACUGUGCGUGGGUUUCUGCUACUUUCGAUAUCAAAUAAUAUAUAUAUAUAAUAUAUUUCUCAGGGGGUGUGUUUGGCUCUCAGGUGUCUUUUAUUCCAAUUCUAUCAAAUGUGUUGGGUUUACAUCCAUAUGUGUUGGAUGUAAAUAUGAAGUUGCUCCUGAUGUUAGUAUCUGUUUAAUGAUUUUAAUCUGUGCUAAUAAAGGCAUGUGGGAACAACA